CGAGAUGCAGCGGACAGCGCAUGCGCGGAGCUCUGUACCCGUUACGCACCACAGGCGAGCAGCAGAACCGCUCUCGCGCUCGAAGGGGAGCCUCAUUGCUGACCUGCCGGUUAUUUCCGGCUUUCUGAGCAUCCAGGACAAGCGGCACGCGCGAGGUCUUCUGCAUGAUGGACUGACCACUGGUCCGCUGGCCGCGUAGAUCGCCUUAACCACUGCGGCGUGUGGUGCGACUGAGUGAGUCUGUACUGUAAGUCACGUGUGCUCCAUGGUGACCCAUGGGCCGUUCUCCCAUCAGCCUGUCCACACUGAAACUGGGGAGGUUAAAGGUCAUCCGCAGGCAGCUGCUUCAGCGCUACGAGCACCAGCCCUUUGUCUCCUGCCUGGCUGGACUCUAUGGCUGCCAGUGGAGGCGCUAUCAGCGGGCCAGAGCCCAACCUGGCGAGUGCUGCUGUAGCAGGUUGGAGUGUGCUAGUUUUGUCCUCCUCAUCAUCACGUUUUUCCUGACGCUGGUGUUCCUGUAUUUCUGGAGCGAGGCUCAGAAUGACUACGAUGACUUUGACUGGUUUAACUUUGGGAACAUGGGCUUCUGGUUUCCCUGGUCAGUGGUGCUGUUGGUGGUGGCUGCCUCACUUUUCACCUACAUCGCCCUUCUGCUGGUCUUAGCGGUGUGUCUACUCUCUGAAGGACAGAGACUUUAUCUGCACUGGAGCCACAAAAUUGGUAUUCUGGUGACCCUGAUAUUCUCCGUCAGUGCCACUGCUGUGCUCUCGGAUCUUUGGAGCAAAGAAUGGCAGACGCUCCUGUUGUCGUUUCAGGUCACAGCGCCUUUUCUGCAUGUGGGUGGAGUCUUGCUUAUGGCUUUUCUGUCCUGGCCAAUAGCGCUACACUUCUUUCGAAUGAAUAAGAGAGUGAGGCAGGUGGCCAUCCUCGGUUCAUACCUGGCUGUUCUGUUCGCCUUGUACCUGGUUCCUCUGGGCAUGUAUUCCCCUUGCAUUAAGGAAGAGGGCACACUGGGCCCAGCACCCAUCCUUAUUGGGCACAGAGGAGCUCCCAUGCUCGCACCAGAGAACACACAGAUGUCCUUCCGGAAAGCUGUGGAGGCUGGAGGAACGGGACUAGAGACUGAUGUCACUAUUAGCUAUGAUGGUGUCCCUUUUCUCAUGCACGACAGCACGCUGAGAAGGACAACCGAUGUACGCAAGGUGUUUCCCAACCGAACAAACACUCCAGCAGCCAUGUUCACCUGGCCCGAGCUAGAGAUGCUCAAUGCUGGAACCUGGUUCCUGCAGAGGGAUCCGUUUGGUACAGCAUUGUCUUUAGCCCCGGAUGAUCGAGCCCAGGUAGAGAACCAGACGGUGCCCACACUGAAAGAGUUUUUGGACUUAGCCGCACAGCACAGGAGUUUAGUGAUCUUUGAUCUCCGUCGGCCGCCUAUGAGUCACCCAUACCGGAAUACGUGGAUCACCCGAACCCUGGAGGUCAUCCAUAACGAAUCCUUCAUCAACUCCAGCCAGGUGCUGUGGCUUCCAGCAGAUCAGAGGGACCUGGUGCAGGAGCUGGAUCCGGAUCUACAGCAGACAUCCGGGAGCCGAGCGUCCAUCGAGGAGCUUCAGGAGAACAACAUCGUGAGGCUGAACCUGCACUACAGCUCAAUGUCGCAGGAGCAGAUCAGUAAAUACGCCUCUGUGAACAUCAGCACUAACCUGUAUGUGAUCAGUCAGCCGUGGCUCUUCUCCCUGGCCUGGUGUGCCGGAGCUCAUUCAGUCACCACCAACGCACCGCACCUCCUCAAGAUCCUGCACAAGCCCAUCUUCCUUAUGACCCCACACCAGUACAGUGUGAUGUGGAUUAUAACCGACAUUGUGUCUGCCAUCGUCAUCACAGCUGUUUUCAUAUUCCACUGGUGGCGAGAACGAGGUUUGCCAUUCUGGUCAGACAGCAAGCCAGUGCACGAGAAUGGAAUGUACAGCAAAUUUCGGACUGAUUCACCUGAAGUUCACUGUGUUCGCUGGAACCCUCUCUUCUCUGAAGAUUCUCCAUGGAGCGUGUUCUCAGUGGCUCCUCAAGAACUCGCCCCUCCCCUGCAUGCACCCUUGUAAAAUGGUGUGACCUUUUACCUCUCCUGUCCUUUGAAUAACCACACUCUGAUUUUUCUCUCCACCUCUUAUUGACCUGUCCUGGGCAGAACUGAGCGACGUCUGGUCCAUCUCCAGUCUCAGCGUCCGAGGGGAGGGCCGGAGCGGGCCCACCACGCCCAACCUGCCCACCAUCACGGAAGAGCCGCUGGUCUAAGAGAGAGAUAGAGAGAGAGAGAGAGAGACGAGAGAAAAGACUAUCUCUGUUUCGACUCCACAAAACCAUCCAUCUGUCUUUCUACCUUUCCUUCAUUGAAUCCUGUGAGCUAUAUCGCCAAAACUUUUUCUUUUAUGAUUCAGACUGAGAUUUGCUUCAACCACUGCUUCACAAAGAACCAGCUGCAUAUGAAGCGACCAGCAUCUUCUCAAUAAAACCCAGCCAGGAUUCAUGAAAUGUUUAUCAUAGGCUCUUUUUAAAGUUGUAUUCAGUAUGUGCCAUUAUGAACUCCUCUGGAAAUGUACAAAAGCACCUCAGUGCUCAUUCAGUCGAGGAAAAGAAAAAAAGAAACUUCAUGCACUUUGUGUGGUAUGUCGAUAAGCAGAAAAGCGUAUAAAUAUAAAAGGUUUUGCUACAUUAGAAUUGUAAUGCUAAUGUAUUAUAGCUUAUCAGUGAAUGUAUCUUAUCAACAAGCUGAAUAUAAGCAUGACUGCAAAAACACACCACCUGAGCUUCUGCUGCGUCUGUACAAGCACUGUCCAAGAGAUAAAAUCUAAAAGCAGCCCAUGUAUGUAAAGAAAAGUACAGUAGUCGAUAACUAAUGGCUGUCAGUCAGGUGAGACUGGAGUGCCAGAAUACACCUUUUAGACUUUUCUUAAAGGGAUAGUCCAGAUGUUUUUCAAGAGCGCCUUAUAUUGAAAAUGACGAAAGUACAUUACUUUAGGUCUUGGUCGGUAAAUGUUUUCCUGCUCUGCACAAUGACUGUGAAGUGUGUCACCCAGAAUGUGUGUAUAAUGUAAGUAUCGGGGGCAAAUUCCAAAAUCCUCAUUCAGUCGAAUAAUGCAUUGCAAAGUUCAACUUUCAUAUGGAGCUUCUGCAGUCCGACUAGGCUAAAUCCAUUUAUAUAUAUAUAUAUAUAUAUAUAUAUAUAUUAGAAAACAUAAAACAUAAUUAUUGAAUAAGAAAAUUUUUUUUUUUUUCAAACAUCAGUAUUAUUUGAAAAAAUAAAACUUCAAAGUUCUCAGAAGAAUUGUGGGUAGUUUUGCAGGAUGUAGGGUCAGCAUUGGUGUUGUCACCAAGUACUUACUUUGUUUUAUUGAUUACUGUUUACUGGGCUUUAAAGUCCCCCUUUUUUUAAUACAUUCUUUCUCUACAGGAUGUGUUUGCAUGUUGGAUAGCAUUUAUUUGCAUGUUCUGUAGUCAGUUGAAAGCUUCAUAUGAGCCCCAGCUGAACAUUGGAAUACAUUUUUGGCCAUAACACUGAGUGUAGAUUUUUUCCCUGAUUGCUUCCAAACCUUACCGUGUGCAGAGCAGGAAAAUAUCUAAUCACAGUAAACAGUAUGCACCACAGUUUUGAUGUAAGACAUACUUGCUAGACAUACCGUACUACCCUUUUUUAAGUCUUAAAAGACAAUCAGAACUAACAGAUACAGACUGAGGCUGUUUUCACAAGGAUAUUUCACUUAAGAUGCACAAAUAUGUAUUGCUUAUAUGUUGUAAACGUGUUUUUGUUUCCAUGUUAAAUGUUCAGCAUAUUGCCCUUUAUACUUAAUUUGAAAAAACGCACACAAAACAUGCAUAGAAACAUUGAAUGAUUUAUCAGAACAAUAUUAAAACACCAUUCUUUUCUACUCUGAAGUGAAAAGUGUGUAAUGUACAGUAUGAAUGCAUAAUUUAAAUAAUACAUAAAAAAACUAAAUGUUACAGAGGAAAUAAUUUAAGGUGAACAUUAACAGAUACACGUGUGACAUAUGCUAGGCUCUUGAUGUGUGUAUGGAGGUGAUUACUUUUGAUGAUGUGGUUUGGUCAAACGUGUCUGCUUAGAGAGGGAAUACACAGCGCAUCCUGAUUGAGCAACUUUAUCAUAUGAGGAAGCAGAAUAUUGUAUGGGGUAUCCAGGAUGACUCCUCCCACAUUUACACAAGGGCUCAUAUACUAUAAAUAUUUGAUCAGUAUGAAAUGAUGUAUCGUAUAAAUAUAUAAGAAUUUUCAUUUAUUCAUCCAUUUCAGGUUUACAGAAACCGGCCGGGUAAAAGACUGGAAAGAAUGUAUAGAUAGAUAGUGUAAGGAUCUACCCAAUAAUGGGAACUUUAAAGCUCUCUUGUAAGUCGCUCUGAAUAAGAACAUCUGGCCAAAGGCCUAAAUGUAAAUGAUGAGCCGUUGUUGGGUAUAAACACUAGAGAUUGCUGUGUUUGAAAAUAAUGAGAUAAAGAUAAAGAGACCUUACUAUUAUCGAAAUGUGUUUGUUGGCACUCAGAGACCAGCAGCUAUAAAGAAAAUAUAUAUUAAAAAAAAAAGACAAAAAACAAAGAUUAAAAUAAAGAUAUCAAUAUAGCAAUAUAUAAAAAGGAAUAUAUGUACUGUGGAAAAAAAUUCAAUAAGAUCAACAGGUUCUAAAAUCCUUGCAUUGGUGCUUGUUGUAUAACAUAUUGAUUCAGAAAAGUCCUUGUGAACUCAGCCUAAUACAAAAGAAGAAGACAAUCUGUAUUUACAGAAAUCUGACUACACACUGUCGUGCAAAAUUUGCAAUUACCAGAUGAUUCAAAAUACAGCUGCAAAUCAUAGUGUAAUAAAAAUUAAGUAGACAUGAUGUAGGAUUAUUAUACAGUAGCUGUAGGGAAAUAUGAAACAGUUUACACUAAAGAACUUUCCUACAUACAUAUGUACGCUGUUAUAUUGUAAUAAACAGCGACGUCAAUAAGGCAAUAGUGACGGACGAAUCCUGUUCAUUCCUGUGUACGACGUACAGUACAUUCAAAACAUUUACAGUAGACUGUCAGAAAUACAGUAAUGCAGCCUUUGCACCUGUACUUUGCGUGUAUUUAUUUAAUUAUAAUAAAUCUGUUAUUAAUACUUUUAUUUUCUUGUAAAUAAUGACUAAUGUAAUUGAAAAAGGUUUUCUGAAUAAGAAAGGGCUUUUUCAUAGUUGUACAUAUGUGAUUUUGUUUUGUUGUUGUUUUCAACAAAAGCAAAGCAGCGCAAGUUCAACCAAUUUAUUUCAUGGACAUUCCACAACAUUAAAUGUAAUUAUAAAUGGAUUAAAACGAUGAUGUUGUGUUGUUCUUUAAUAAAUAAAAAUGUAAUCACUGCUGCAUUGUAUUUGGGAUAAAACAGUUCAGGAAAUGCUGUUAUAGAAAAUUAAAAAGCUCUGAUGCUU